AUGUUGGGAAGCUUGGUGUCAAGAUUACCAGAAGAAUGGGCCAAAUUCAUAUCAGAACUAACAUUUGCAGACGUAACUGUCGCAAUACCGGCGAUUCUAGUAAUAUACGCAGUCAUUCCAAGUGCGUUAUACACUAUGCGACAUCGAAGUGGCCGGGGUGGGUGGUACAUUCCUCCCAAGCCUCUUACCCAGUCUCCCACUGUGCAAGCGAAAUUAUUCUUGCUAAAUAGUUUGGCGGUUCUGUUUACUGUGAAAUAUAUUGCACAGUACACGUUUGGCCAUCCAGCUCCAGAAGUCUUUGUCACAGGAGCUCUGCUAACAGUCGUGUUGAUCACGGUAAUCAUAUAUCACUUUGAGAACAAAGGAAUAGUGAAACCAGCUCUUCCGUUAUUUUACGUCUGGGGACUCUCGACAGUUGUAACGUUGUAUUACACAUUAAAAUCACAAGAUAUCACCCAGGAAAUUUACUUGAUCACAAGUUUGCUAUUGUUUCUGCUAGAGUGGGCAUCACCACAUUCCUAUAACGGAAAGGGGAAAUCGAUAAACAAAGCGGAAGCGCACACCAAGUCGGAAUAA